CGGCAGGCGGCGCCGAGCAGCAGAAGCUAACAGAGCUAACAGUUACCUCAGAGUGCCUCAGUCAGAGCGCGCGCGAGCUCCGUGCAGCCGCGUUACAUCGCCGCUGUUUUAGUUUUUUAUUAUUAAUAUUUUCGGGUUUUAUUGGUGUUUAUUGGUGUUUAUUGGUGUUAGGAUGAGAAGAUGGUGGUGAAAGCGAGAAGAGCCGGAGUGAAGGAGCAGAGCGAGCGGAGUGACGGGAAGAGCCGGAGAGGGAGAGAGUGCAGGAGCGCGCAGCUCCAGGGGAAGAGUCCCGCCAUCACCCGACACAGACUCGGCCUCGCCUCAGCGCUCACACCGCCGCCGAGCUCCGCUCUGUCCCCGGGGCCGGGCCGCCUCCGACUCAGGGCUCUCCUCAUCACCGCGCUCGCUGUUACUGCAGGUGUUCUCCACUGGUACCACCUCUCGGAGCUGUUUGAGAAUGACCGUCACUUCUCCCACAUGUCCUCUCUGGAGAAGGAGAUGGCCUUCAGAACCGAAAUGGGUCUGUACUACUCGUACUUUAAGAGCAUCAUCGAGGCUCCGUCGUUCCUGAGCGGUCUGGAGCAGAUCAUGAGCGACCGUCUCACAGAGUACCCUCUGGUCAUCAACACACUCAAGAGGUUUAACCUGUACCCCGAGGUGGUGUUGGCCAGCUGGUACCGCGUUUACUCCACCACCAUGGGGUUCCUCAGGAUUCCCACAAAGAUGUGCUGGACCAUCAAUAGAGGAGAAGAUCUGGAUCCUGUGGAGAGCUGUGAAGGUAUGGGAGAUCCUGCAUACUUCUACGUGACAUUUGUGUUCCUUCUAAAUGGAGCUAUGAUGAGCGUCUUUUUCCUGUACGGAACCUACCUGAGCGGCAGUAAGGUGGGAGGAGCGGUCACAGUGCUGUCCUUCUUUUUUAACCAUGGAGAGAGUACUCGGGUGAUGUGGACUCCUCCCCUCAGAGAGAGCUUUUCGUAUCCCUUCCUGGUCCUGCAGAUGCUCCUCCUCACACACAUCCUCAGGACGAAGAACCCGAGCAGGAACAGCAUGGUGGCGCUGGGCGUGGCCACCGUCAUGUUCAUGUUGCCGUGGCAAUUUGCCCAGUUUGUCUUACUCACACAGGUGGCGUCUCUGUUCGUGUCCUACAUCCUGGGGUACCUGAGUCCGGCUAAGAUGCAGACCAUACUGCUCACACACAUGGUGUCUCUGGGUGUGUGUUUCAUCCUCAUGUUUGGAAACUCCAUGUUACUGACGUCCUUCUAUGCCUCCUCCCUCAUCUCCAUCUGGGCUGUAGUUGCUCUGAGGAAGUGUUUUGUGCAGAUGUUUACAGCUGGACUCCUCACAUGGGUGAUGCAGUGUGUGGCGUGGGGCGGGACCACAGUCCUGCUGAAGUUCCUGUUGGCGCUGGUGUUUGGGGCGUCUGAUGAUGCUCACAUCAGCAGUCUGAUCAAAUCCAAGUUCACCAGCUACAAGGACUUUGAUACGAUGAUGUACACCUGCGCUGCUGAGUUCGACUUCAUGGAGGUGGAGACGGUUGUGCGCUACAUGAAGACUCUGCUGCUGCCUGUGAACCUGCUGGUGGUGUGUGUUAUUGCUGUAAAGGUCAUGAAGGACGUGAUGGCGUUCCUGAGACACCGCGUCAGUGCCGAGGACGAGGAGACGGAGACGUUGGGCAAGGCAGUGUUGGUGUAUCACACCCUGCAGCUGGUGGCCUUCACCGUUCUGGCCGUCCUCAUCAUGAGGCUGAAACUCUUCCUGACUCCACACAUGUGCCUGAUGACAUCACUGCUCUGCUCCAAGCAGCUGUUUGGCUGGGUGGGUGAGAGAGUGAAGCGCCACUUCGCCGUGUUCAUUAUCGUGUCCAUCAUGGUGGUUCAGGGCGUGGCCAACCUGCAGCAGCAGUGGAGCAUCAUGGGAGAAUUCAGUAACUUGCCACAGGAAGACCUGCUGGAGUGGAUCAAAGAGAACACGCCUCCCAAUGCGGUGUUUGCAGGGGCGAUGCCCACCAUGGCGAGUGUGAAGCUGUCAGUAGGCAGAGCCGUCGUUAAUCACCCGCACUACGAGGACGCAGGACUCAGGAAAAGGACAAAGCUGGUGUACUCCAUGUACAGCCGGAAACCAGCCGAGCAGGUGAAGAGGAACCUGAUGAGUCUGCAGGUGGAUUAUUUCAUCCUUGAGGACUCGUGGUGCACCAGACGCACCAGGCCGGGCUGCAGCAUGCCAGAGAUCUGGGACGUGGAGGAUCCGGUGAACGCGGGUAAAACCCCGGUGUGUACACUGCUGAGUCGAGACGCUCGUCCUCACUUCACCACCGUCUUCCACAAUAGUGUGUACAAAGUGCUGCGCGUCCCGAAAGCGGCUCAGGACACCAGAUAACCCCUCACACACACACACCUUCACAACUGUGUGUUGUAAUGUAGCUACAAUCCAUUUAUGGCCAAGACCUGUACGUGUGUGUGUGUGUUUACAGCUGUGAGUAUUUAUUCCUAAGAAAGGUUGCUGCUGCUCCUCUGUGUUUCUGAAGCCGAGAGGAGCGACUCGGUCUCCGUCUUUAUCUCAUGUUCUGCACAGACGUCUCUCAGAUCUCUCUCUCUGUACAGGAAGUGUGUAGUUGCUGCUUCCUGUUUUAAAACUGUUGUUACCCCCCCCCACUUCCUGUCUGUGACUCGCGGCUCCGGGUCACAGUGUUCCACAGCGAGCGCUCCGUCUGUAGCAUCACACCUGUAGUUUUUUUUAUUUUAUUUCCUACAGGAUGUUUGUACUCGUACUGCCAGUGCAUGAUGGGAAAUUUGACCUCUGAUGGAUUACAUCAGGUUCAAAAUUUUUAAAUACAUAAAAAAAAAUUCACACACACACGAUUAAGUUUCAGCACCGUGGUGUCAUGGACCUUACAUUGAUCUUACCUGCCUUCCCAUGAAGCACUGUGAUUAAAUACCUGCACCCCACACACACACACAGUGAAUCUGUGACGCCACAGUUUAAUUUCUAACAUUUUGUUUAUUUUGACUGUAAAAGUGUUUAUGAUUUCUUCACGUUUAAGUCAAACAGUGUUGGAAUUCUGGCUGAGAAUCACGUGAUGUUCGCUACGUGACGUCUCCUGGACUUUCUGAAUAAAAUUAUUUGUAAUUUUGCAGAA